AUGGCCGAGUUUGAAAGUCUCGUGGGGACAUAUGUCCACUUGGCCAGGGAGUCCCGGUCAAGCGAGGCCCUCCACACGUUGAAAAAGGUAGCGUCGCUGGUGAAGCCCAUCAUGCGAGCGCGAGGAUGGAAAGUCGGCCAGCUGGUCGAGUUUUAUCCAGAGCAGAGCAAUCUGCUAGGCCUGAAUGUCAAUAGAGGCAUGAAGAUUUGCCUGAGACUUCGCUAUCCAGGCGACCGGAAUCAGUUCCUACCCACCGAGGACGUGGUUGACACGAUGCUUCACGAGCUCGCGCACAUUGCACAUGGACCGCACAACCAGGCUUUUCAUGCUCUGUGGGAUCAAUUACGUGAUGAGUGUCAGGGCCUCAUGUUGAAAGGGUACACAGGAGAGGGCUUCCUCGGCAAGGGACACCGACUGGGCGGGGCCAGAAUGCCUGAUCGUGAGGCGCGUCGACUUGCCCGAGAGGCAGCGGAGAAGAGGAAAGCAACGGCUGCUCUGGGAACGGGUUCGGGCCGAAAGCUGGGUGGGGCUGCACCUCGUCCUGGGCAGGAUAUCCGAGAAGCCAUUGCGAACGCGGUCGAGAGACGAAACGCCAUUCUUCGAGGAUGCGGCAGCGGGCGACUGAACGAUGGACGGAUUCGGGAGAUUGCGGAUACGGCCACGCAGAACGGCUUCAAAACAAAGGCCGAAGAGGACGAGGCGAACGAGGCAGCCAUCGCACAAGCUUUGUGGGAACUCGUACAGGAAGACGAAAAGGCGAGACUCGGCCCAUCGUACGUGCGGCCGUCGGCUGGGCGCCGGGGCGGCAGAGACGGGACGGCCGAGCAUGACGUUGGCGAAGGCCAAGACGACCCAAACACCUGGGUGUGCGGAACUUGCACGUUGCACAAUCCUCCGAAUUACCUUUGCUGCGAUGCCUGCGGCUCGGAACGGGCACAGGCCAAGAGAACCUUGCCCGGAGACGCCAAGCGGCAGGUAGAUGGACAAAGGUCCAGGACGAGGACCGGUGCCGGUGCCGGUGCCGGUGCCGGUGCAAAUACUGUAGACUUGACGACCGACGCAUCACCACCGAGGAAAAAGCGACCGAACCGGGCCCCUCCCCCUCCUGCCAAGCCAUCCCUUUCAGCGUCAGCGCCGCUGGUAUGGAUCUGUAGCUUUUGCGGGACGGCCAUGGAACGACAGUGGUGGACCUGCUCGCUGUGCGGGAAAAUGAAGGAUGACUCAAAGUGA